GGUCGCUGUGUGGUUGAGGGGCGCGCAAGAUGGCGGCGGGCGAGGCGGGCGGGCGCUACCGCAGCGCCGUCAGCAGGAGCAAGGACCCCUCGGGGCUGCUCAUCUCUGUCAUCAGGACUUUAUCCACCAGUGAUGAUGUUGAGGACCGAGAGACUGAGAAAGGGCGCCUGGAAGAAGCUUAUGAGAAGUGUGACCGGGACUUGGACGAGCUGAUAGUGCAGCACUACACAGAGCUGACCACGGCCAUCCGCACCUACCAGAGCAUCACCGAGCGCAUCACCAGCUCGCGCAACAAGAUCAAACAGGUGAAGGAGAAUCUGCUGUCGUGCAAGAUGCUGCUGCAUUGCAAGCGGGACGAGUUGCGCAAGCUGUGGAUUGAAGGGAUUGAGCACAAACAUGUCCUGAAUUUGCUGGAUGAGAUAGAGAACAUCAAGCAGGUGCCUCAGAAGCUGGAGCAGUGCAUGGCCAGCAAGCACUACCUCAAUGCCACAGACAUGCUGGUGUCAGCAGUGGAGUCCUUGGAGGGUCCCCUACUUCAGGUGGAGGGACUGAGUGAUCUGAGGCUGGAGCUCCACAGUAAGAAGAUGAACAUGCACUUAGUCCUGAUAGAUGAAUUACACCGUCACCUUUACAUCAGGUCAACUAACCGAGUAGGACAACGCAAUAAGGAGAAAGGGAGAGUAAGUUCACAUGUGAAAGAUGCCUCUCCUGUACCUCUGAUGGAUGUUACUAACUUGUCUACACCUCGCAAGUUCCUUGAAACUUCCCAGUUUGGUACUCCUGGAGGUGCCAGCAUGCGAGAAACAAGCCUUUUGGAAAUUAAAGAAGAUACGGAAUUGGAUCCAGAGGAGAACAGCGCUGUCUUCAUGGGCAUACUCAUCAAAGGGCUGGCCAAGCUGAAAAAAAUCCCUGAAACAGUGAAAGCCAUCCAGGAUCGCCUGGAACAAGAGCUCAAGCAGAUUGUGAAGCGCUCCACAACCCAGGUGGCAGACAAUGGUUACCAGAGAGGGGAGAAUAUUUCCCAGGACAAUCAACCUAGAUUACUCCUGGAGCUGCUAGAGCUUCUCUUUGACAAGUUCAAUGCUGUGGCUGCUGCGCACUCUGUCGUCCUUGGACACCUUCAACAAACAGUGGCAUCUCCUUGCAGCCAGUAUGAUGGUGACGUCAAGCUCUAUGACAUGGUUGAUGUGUGGGUGAAGAUCCAGGAUGUCUUGCAGAUGCUGCUGACUGAGUAUCUGGACAUGAAGAACACCCGCGCUGCCUCGGAGCCAUCUGCCCAGCUCAGCUACGCCAGCUCUGGGAGGGAAUUUGCUGCAUUCUUUGCAAAGAAGAAACCACAAAGACCUAAAAACCCUUUGUUCAAGUUUGAGUCCUCGUCCCAUGCUAUUAGCAUGAGUGCCUACCUGCGUGAGCAGAGGAGGGAACUCUACAGCAGAAGUGGAGAACUUCAAGGAGGACCAGAUGAUAACUUAAUUGAAGGUGGUGGAUCAAAAUUUGUCUGCAAACCAGGAGCCAGGAACAUUACCAUCAUCUUUCAUCCCCUCCUCAGGUUUAUCCAGGAGAUAGAGCAUGCCAUGGAGCUUGGCCCGACCAAGCAGUGUCCGCUCCGCGAGUUCCUCACCAUGUACAUCAAGAACAUCUUCCUCAAUCAGGUCCUGGCUGAGAUCAAUAAAGAGAUUGAAGGUGUCACGAAGGCAUCUGAUCCCCUGAAGAUAUUGGCUAAUGCAGAUACCAUGAAGAUCCUGGGUGUGCAGCGGCCUCUGCUGCAGAGCACAGUAAUCGUGGAGAAGACCGUUCAAGACCUGAUGAACCUGAUGCAUGACUUGAGCGCCUAUUCGGAUCAGUUCCUCAAUAUGGUGUGUGUGAAACUCCAGGAGUACAAGGACACCUGCACCCUUGCCUACAGGAGCAUCGUGCAGUCGGAUGAAAAGCUGGUGAUCAGUGCAUCCUGGGCUAAAGAUGAUGAUAUUAGCAGGCUCCUGAAGUCUCUGCCCAACUGGAGCAACAUGGCUCAGCCCAAGCAACUCCGACCCAAGAGGGAGGAGGAGGAAGAUUUCAUAAGGGCUGCUUUUGGCAAAGAGUCAGAAGUUCUCAUAGGCAACCUGGGAGAUAAACUCAUCCCUCAGCAGGAGAUCCUGCGGGACGUCAGUGACCUGAAGGCCUUGGCCAACAUGCACGAGAGCCUGGAGUGGUUAGCAGGUCGUACCAAGGCAGCCUUGUCCAACCUCUCAGCCACCCAGACUGUGUCUCCUGGCCAGGACAGCCAUGCCAGUAUGGAACACCUUCCUGCAUCUGAGCAGAUCCUGCAAACCCUGGGUGAGCUGGCCAGGUCUUUUCAAGAGAUGGCUGAUCGUUGCCUGCUGGUCCUGCAUUUGGAAGUCAGAGUUCACUGCUUCCACUACCUGAUCCCACUGGCCAAACAAGGGAAUUAUGCCAUCGUUGCCAACGUGGAGAGCAUGGACUAUGACCCUCUCGUGGUGAGGCUCAACAAGGACAUCAGCGCCAUCGAGGAGGCCAUGAGCGCCAGCCUCCAGCAGCACAAGUUCCAGUACAUCUUUGAAGGUCUGGGUCACCUUAUCUCCUGCAUCCUCAUCAAUGGUGCCCACUACUUCAAACGCAUCAGCGAAUCCGGCAUCAAGAAAAUGUGCAGGAACAUCUUCAUCCUCCAGCAAAACCUGACCAACAUCACCAUGUCACGUGAGGCUGACCUGGACUUUGCAAGGCAGUAUUAUGAGAUGCUCUACAACACAGCAGAUGAGCUCUUAAACCUCGUGGUGGAUCAAGGGGUGAAGUACACAGAGCUGGAAUACAUCUACGCCCUGAACUUACUGCACCGGAGCCAGACGGGUGUGGGAGACCAAACCACCCAGAACAUGAGGUUGCAGAGGUUGAAGGAGAUCAUUUGUGAGCAGGCUGCUAUCAAACAGGCCACCAAGGACAAGAAAAUCACCACCGUGUAAGAUCUGCUCAGUCUCUCACAUGAAGUGAGCAGCAGGGGCUGUCAGGCUGCAGGUCCAAGCUGCUGCGUUUCUGUUCUCAUCCAAGGCAAAAACGUGUCUUCUGGGUGGCACUGAGAAGGGAAAUGCCAUUUGAGAUUUGGGUUUGGGGUUGUUUGUGGGUUUGUUUUCUUUUUUUUUUGGGGGGGGGGUUGAUGUGUAAUCACAUAAUGCUUCCUUAACGUGUUCUCCCAAGUGAUUGCACUGCAGGAACUCUUGGUGGGAUGUGGGUGGGAUGUUUGGCUUUGCUCUGUUGCUGCUGCUUUGCCUUGAGAGGUCAGGUGAGCUGCUGUCUGUGGCGGGGUGGGAGAAGAGAAGAUUUAGCACUGGGGCAGGUCAGAGUCUUCAGGGGAAGUUCAGACCACACUGAAGUAAUCAGCACCAUGACAGUCAAGCUCAGACCUGUUGGUCUCCCGUGGGAUCUUGAUGUUUUUGGAAGCCUUUCCAAGAGCGUUGCUGCAUGGAGCCCGUUUCAGCUCUGCCACUUCUACUCCCCAGGACAGUUGUAGAUGCAGUAAGUUUGCUGCUGCUGCCACUGCAAAGAGAUCAAGCAGUUUAUUCCCUUGGAUGGUGAAGAGCCAGUUCUCAUCGUGGGAGGUAACUUGGGACCAUUUGCUGUUUCCACUUGUCCUUUUUCAUUCCCAGAGCCAUAUGGUGUCGCUUCCCACAGCACACGCUGCACUGGCUGGUGGUGGAUGUAGGAGAAAGUUGCCAAUAUGAGGUAGUAGCAAAACUUCAUUAUCUUCUUUUUCUUUUUUUUUUUUUCCUGAAGAGUCUCCCCAGCUCAAAAUGCUAUUUUGUAAUUGUCACUUGAUGUGCUGGAAGGACACACGGUAGCUCAGCACUGAUGAUCAGCAAGGGCAGGAGGAGGGCAGAUCCGAGCUCUGUGGCCUGAAGAGCACCCAGGUCACCAUUUCUGCUCUGCCUUUGACCAUAUAAAGCCACCUGGUAAAAGGGCCCUUAUUCAGUGAGGCUGAGGAGUUUCAUACCAACCCCUCCAAGCUGAGAAUACACUGCACUUCCUUGUAUUUGCCAAGGAGAUUGUCAGCCCACCUGGGUUCCACAUGCUGAGUUGGGUUCUCUCUGAGCUUUGUAACUGCUUGUGUGUCAGUCUUGAAACUGCUGAAUUAAAGGGUGUUUAAAGAUUCUUCAAA